GGUGAAACUUCAUUGAAGCUCCCACUCCAUUAAUCAAAGAAAAAAAAAGGAAUAAAAUUUUGGCUUAGGAUCUUGAAGAUAAGACAUCUUCAAAGAAGGACACCUUUUGUAAACCAAUUUGUUUGCAAAGGGAGGGUUUACUGCAAAAAGUCAUUGAGUAACAUUUCAUAACCUUGAUUAACAAAGAACUUUGAUGAAUUUUGUCUCUCUAAAAUCAGGAAUAAACAAUGGCAUUACUUCGUGUAAAAAGACGACGGGAUGAGGAUGCUAUUGAUGCUUUGUUAUUAGCUUGCAAAAAGCAUAAGACUGAAGAUCCUUCAUUUUCAACUGUUUUUAAAUUUGCUGGAACUGUUGAUGGAAAGGAAGAGGAUGUGAGUGUCCACGUUAGUAAUGUUAAAGAAGUAUUCAACAGUGGAAAAUCUUUCCGGUUUCAAAAACGCCAGGUUUCAGAUAUCACAGAAAAGUUAAAAGCAGAAAAUAAACUGUUUUCAAAAAACAACAGAUUAAAGGUGAUCAACUGUUUUCGAACUGGUGAGAACGAGGAGGAAAAAGAGCUAACAGUUGUCGACAUUGAAAACCAACCACAGCAGAUCACGAAUGAGGCACCCAAGGACUCAUGUAGUUCGGUUAGUACUGAAGAACAAUAUGUGUAUGAUCUGUAUUAUAGUAGUGGCAACUUUGAUGAUCUGCUAAUGGAAAAUGUUUUGAGUGCACAUGCUGUUGAUGAAGAUCUUUUGUUUGGCGAUUUCUUAGAUAAAGAUGAAGAAGAAGAUGCUAUCAUGGAUGAUGAAGAUGAUUCUAAUGAUGAAAAUAAUUGGCGUAAUGAUUACCCUGAUGAAGAAUCAGAUGAUUCCAAGUCAAGCAUAGAUGAAAGGCAUUUGAGAUUAGCUAUGCAGAUGAAAAAUAUUAAUCUGGAUGGUGAAUAUGAAAGUGAUUUAUCGUCAGACCAAGAAGACGAGGCCCUAAUAUUUUGUGAUGAUGAUGAACGUGGUUAUUACUUUUGUGCAAGCUCGAUUGAAUCUGAUAACUCAGAUAGAAGUGACAAGGAAUAAUGAGAUUUUUCGUAUGAAGAAUGUAUCAAUUAUCAAAUUUGGUGGAUAAUUUAUCAUCUAUAUCACCUCUUAAUGUGAUAAAAUGAUUAGGAGGUCAUAUAAAUGAAAUAAAUUUGUGUUUUGGUUUUUGUGUUAUUACAAUGACCAAUUGAAUUAAAUUUAUUCCUUGUAGUGUAAUAUGUGUAUGAUUAUUAAAGAUGCAUUAUAUGUUUGUAGUAUAAAUUAUAAUUUUCUAGUAAUCAAAUCUUGACUUUAUUGUAUAUUUAUUUAAGCUGAAAAAAUGUUGAAUUAAUAAAACAACUAAAACAAUACUUCUAAUGUGAACCUUUGCAUUUUCUUAAAUUCUUGAAAAAUAAUGAAUACAAUAUUUUUUUAAUUCAAUUUUUUGUCCAAGAAUAAUGAAAUAUAUCCAAUUCAACGGACAUUGUUUGUUGAAGAUCUAGUUCCUUUUCAUUCAAACUUUCUUUAACAUCACAGUCCAUGUUUGCUUGUACAUUUCCUUGACAGUGUCAAAUUUGUUACUGAAUUAAAUAUCCAAAUAAAUUUUCUUGCAAGUAAUAUAUGAGUCGUUUAUUUCCAGAGUGAACCCCUUGACAAAUAAUAAAUUAAGGAAUUCUUCAUUUGUAGCAAAUAUUUCCAAAAAUCUCUGAUUAUUUCAAUAGUAAUUAAAAAGACAUCGAAACUUGUAAACUUACAAGGUCCUUUUUGGAAAGAAAUGAACUUUAA